UCGUUGUUGCCGUUCGUAGAGUUCGCGUACAACAACAGUUAUCAUUCUUCUAUUCAGAUGGCUCCUUAUGAGGCACUAUACGGUCGUAAAUGUGGUUCCCCUCUUUAUUGGGACGACGUCGGAGAACGUCGGGUACUCGGUCCGAAGCUGAUCGAAGAGACAGUCGAGCACGUCGAGUUGAUUCGGCAGAGACUUAGAACAGCCCAGAGUAGAAUGAAAUCAACCGCCGAUCAUCAUCGACGAGAUAUUCAGUUCGAGGUUGGCGAGCAAGCUUUUCUCAGAGUUAGUCCAUUUCGCGGAGUUAUUCGAUUCGGGAAGAGAGGGAAGUUGCACCCUCGGUUCAUUGGCCCGUUCGAA